AGCGCCUCUCAUUCACGUGUUCCGGCCCAUUGCGUUGCCCGCCUUCUAUAGCUUUACAGUUUUGUUUUUACUUCUUCAAUAUCGCAUUUCACGCAUACCAUGUCGCUUACGGUGGCCUCGCCUUCAGAGGACGAUUAUCCAGACGGAGAGGUGGUGGCCGCUCAGCCUGCUACGCUUGCAGCGCUCAUUCAGCAAUCCCUCGUGCAGGAAUACACGCAGGCGCGGCAAGAGUACAAGCAAGCGCACGCGCGGUACUCUGCCCGUGUGAAGCCGACCGUUCCGUCACGCUUCGAGCGGUAUUGCACGGGCGCCUUCCAAGACGUGCACUUCUACACCAGUGCGCCAGACCCCGUGACGUGCUGCGCUCCAGGCUGCACCCACCACACACACAAGGCCGGCCUUCGCGAGGUGAACGAUCACCUGCGACUCCGCGCGGAAGAGCGACUGAGUGCUGCACUGCCGCGGCGCACGUGUACUGGCGAUGAUGUAUUUGCUCUCCUUGUCACGCAGGAGGCGGCGGAGCUGUCGGACUUGUUCGAGCUAGAGGCGGCGGUGUUCAGGGAGCUCGCGUACGCCUACUACGACUACAUGUACGGACCAGCGGAUCGUGUCGCGGAGGCGGAGUCGCACUCGCGGCGUCAAUUGGAGGACGACUUCCAUGAGGCUUCCCAGACGCUGUUGAAGCAGCUGCAAGAGGAGACGUGGCAAGCGGAGCAGCGCUUGUUUUUGCGGGUGUAUGGCAUGUGCCCGGAGCUGCUGCCGCACCAGUCGCAGCUCCGUGCCGCCGCCCUCACCGAUGAAGUGCAGCAGCACAACCUCAGGUUGAAAAAUACGCUAGACUGCGCGGACGCGGUCCCGCUGUGGCAUCGCGCUUGCGUGAUACGUGGGGAGACAGAGAGCGAGGAGGACAUCAGCUUUCGCCGACUCGCAUUUGCGUGUCUAGUGCAAGCGCACGCUAUGGAGGAAGAAUACGUGGAGCGUGAUGCAGCGACGGGGUGCCUGCGGAGGACCAAUAAGCCGGUGCCAGCGUAUAUGCGAGACGCGGUGGACUACAGCUUGCGGUUUGAGCAUCUCGCGCUCGUGUGGAACGAGGAAACGGAUCGAAUGGCGAUUACCGACGCCGCCGAGGCAGCGCUCUCAGCCCAGUUAACUCCAUAA